UACAAUUUAAUUAAUUAUUUUGCUUUAUUCCAUCAUACUUUCAAAACAAAAUUAGUGAGUUUUUAACUCAAUUGCAAACAAAUAAUGGUUUUUAUAUUACCGCACAGGCUCUAAAUUUGGGAUACAAAAACAAAUGCAGUAACAAAGUGAACGAAAUCGGAAGAGAGAGCAGACGACCAAAUUCAUGUGUUUUUCAGUUUCCCCUGAAUUGGGUCUCAACAAAUUUCUAAAAAGGCAUUUAUAAUAUCUUUUGCGGGGAGCUGUUUAAUCAUAGGAGUUGGGUCUACAUUUUCCUCCCUUUUGAUUAACCUUCUUUGUGAUUUCACCGCCCUUUACUUUCUGCUGAUUAAAUAAUCAAACAUUAAAAAGAAAUGGCAGAUGACCAAUUAUCCUUCCUCCUCCAUGGGAAACAUCCAUCAUUGCUUCCAACAGUUCUUUUUCAAAACCGCUAUAGAAAUCCUUCUGAGAGUUCUCCAUUUUAUACUCGACUAUUUUCCCAUUCUCCAGCUGCACAGAUUUGCUUCUUUCUUCUGUCUCCAUAGCCAUGGAUGCUUCCUCUUCUGCAAAUACGGUCAACGGGUUCUACUCAUUCAUGAACAGGGGCAUUGACGAUCUGGAGAGGGUUUUUCUCUCCACCAAUUUCAUGUCAAUCCAGUUCCUGCAAAGGGUAUUGGCCCUCUUGAGAUCUUUCCACUCCCAGCUCACUGUUCUUGUCCAGAAGCUUCACCUGCCUGUGGGUGAGAAGUGGCUGGAUGAGUAUAUGGAUGAAAGCUCCAAGCUUUGGGAAGUUUGCCAUGUCAUCAAGUCCGCCAUUUCUGGUAUUGAGAACUACUGCUCUGCUGCUUUUAAUGUCACUUCUUCCCUUGACAGCAAUCAUCAUCUCAACCCGCAGUUGUCACGUCAGGUGAUGAGAGCAAUAUCAGGAUGCAGAAGAGAGGCAGCAGGACUUGAGGAAGAAAACAGGGGUUUGAUGGAGACAAGAAUAGAGCCACUCUCUUCUCUUCUGAGGUUUGACGGCGUGGUGUCAAUGGAGUCAAAGCUGAAUGGGUUUAACGGCUUCAGGGGAGUUUUGUACGCCAUGAGGAAUGUCAGUUCCCUCCUACUCAUCAUUUUGCUCUACGGGUUCGUCCAUUUUCCCCCCGAAUCAACCGCCUUCCCCGCCUCCUCCUACUAUGAAGCAGGAGGAGGCGGAGGGCGGUUGUUCUUUGGAUCAGCCUCAAGAUUGCACCGGACAGUGGCUGAUGGGAUCGGACAGGCUGGCGGAAGCCGGCCGGGUGUUCUGCUCUUUGACUUUAAGAGAUGCCAGGCAGUCAUGGAUGACCUGAAGGUUGAGCUGGAGAGGAGGAGAGGGUUGAUGAAUGUGGGAGGGGAUGAUAUAAGGGAAAAAGUUGAGAGCUUGAAGGAUUGCUUUAGUGUGCUGAGAUCUGGCAUUGAGAAUAUUACUCUUCAGCUUGACGAUUUCUUUGAUGAAAUUGUCGAGGGUAGGAAGAUGCUCUUGGAUUUGUGUAGCCAUCGCUAAUCAUAUAGGGGAGCAAUUAAGUAAGAUACAAAUAUCAAAUAUCCAUCAACAAGGCAAAUAAACACGUAGUAUGUAUUCUCUAGUGUUUUGUUUUGCUUUGUUAUUGUUGUCAGCGCUUUCCGAGUCCCGACCCUAUCAGGUUGAGUUCCUUCAAAAAGUUGAAUCCUCAAUCUCAAGGGUACUCCACCCUGACCAGACUGAACGUAUGAGAGGUUGUACCUGUGCACAAAGUUGUAACCUCCACACGACUGCCGUUAGUUUUUAUCGUUGGUCACUUCUCUAACUUUUCCACCAUUCGACCAACUGAGCUACCCAUGCAGGCGGCCUUAUCAGAUAGAGCUAGUGAUUGAACAAGACUGUGUGUUACCCUAGGUUGAAAUUUAGAGUGAAUUAUUUUUUUGUAAGAGAAACUAUCGCUAAAAACGUUUGUGCGGUUCAAAUACUACUAUCAUU